ACCUGGAUAUUAUCACCUGAGGCUGCAUCUAUCCUCGCUCAGACCACCCACAUCCCACGUUUACAUCUCCGCCAUGUCCUAUUAUUUCACCAUCUUCUCACCAACCGACACUCCUCUCUUCACGCAUGAGUUUGGAACAUCGCGAUCGGGUGGCGAUGGCGUCCCACACUUCACAACCGCCGAGCGCUCCAUGGCACCCUUCGUAUUGCACUCGGCGCUAGACAUGGUCGAAGAAGUGCAAUGGGGACCCUCAACCUCAUCAGGCUCCGCGCCCAUGUACCUCAAGCACAUCGACAAAUACGCCAACAAUUUCGUCUCGUGCUGGGUUACUGGCGCAAACGUGCGAUUCCUCCUGCUCACGCGGCCGCGGGACGAGGCACUAGGACUGGGCGGCUCUGGGAACAAUCGCGGGAGUCUCGCGGGCGGUCGCACGGGUAUGACGGGUGGUGGGGGGCUAUAUAACCCGUCUGCACCUGCGACGGAAGAAGCUGUCAAGAAUUUCUUCGUGGAGGUUUACGAGGCUUGGGUGAAGACGGUUAUGAAUCCCUUCUUCCAUGCGGGGAAUGGAGAUGUGGUGAAGAGCCCGGUGUUCAAGGCGAGAGUUGCUGCUGCCGCGAAGAAGUAUCUUUGA